UUGAGGGAAAAAAAGCAAUUGGAAUUAGUUUCAUUUUUAUAUCCUUUACGAAAUACCUAUGUCAAUAAUUUAAUUAUUACCGAGUUUUUAUUGCUUUUUGCCUAAAGUUUGAUUUGGCUGCAUUUUACCCAGAAAAAAAGUAAUCUCAAAGGAGUAUGCUCUCAAAAGAAUGCAAGUUGCCGGAAACGCAAGUAACUCUGCGAAGGCUCUGGGAAGUGAUAAGGAACCGAGAUUCCGCGAGCCAAUUGGACCGCCAGUUAAUAUUGCUGGAGACAUACCUAGCAGCGACUGGAGAGUAUAUCAUGUUGGCCGACCUGAGGCUCGUUGUCAGGAUCAUCACCUUCCUCAGAGUUCGGACCAGAUUUAAUUCCCGCUAUAGACAACCACUUGAGGACAUUUUUCGUUUAUUACAACAUCCUCCUUUAAUGGACAUGGCCUCUGAUGAGAUACUAUACGGCCACUCCUAGUCGAAUUAUUCAAUGUUACUCGGCUACAUAUUACUUGAAAGUAGAAAAAUGCAGCGCAAAUUGCAAAUACUCGGGAUAGUUCAAUCAAUGCUAGUCCACGAAAGGUUACCAAACUCUAAAUUUAUUCCACUCAGAUCGUGUGUCAAAGGGAUAGAGGUUAGUGAUUUUGUGUCGUAUUUGGCAGAUGUUAUAGCUAUAGUUGGAGAGAGUAUUUACCACCAGGCUAUUUACUGUGCUUUACAGAUCUGUACGUUAUCUGGGUUCAGUUGCUGGACGUUGCUUAUGAAGAAUAUCCUAGAAUCGCUCUUUGUACGCUUGACGACCAUUCCUGAUGAACUCAUGCCCGCUGUGAUGGAUACGACCAGUGAGCUACUGUGGAAGUUAUUCGGCUGCACCAAACACCCGAUAGACUGGCACAAAGUCCCUACCCCUUCUCGGAUAGCUCUGCGCAGUCUCCGUUAUGUAUUGCGAGAAGAAGCACUUGUACAUGCACAUCCCGGUACAUACCCCAACUCCUUGAAUAACACAUCUGCCAUAAUACUAAAACUCAUGCAUCUCUUUCCCGACGCCGAUUAUGUUCUUUCAGAUUUAAUUGAGGACAUUACGUUUUUUGCUACUCUAAGUGAGGCUACAUUCAAACUAUCAGUCCUUCCUUAUUUCAAAGACAACUUUUAUCACCUCCAGUUUAAAAAAUUGAUGCUCGCCUGCUUAGCUAUUUGUCCCGUAUCGAAUUUAAGUGUGUUAGUGUUUCAACGAUGCAAACUGGCUCAGUGUCUCGUAGCUAUGAUAAAAAGCAGUUCUAUUGAAAAUGAAUCACCAGAAAUUUGGUGUUCAAAGAACUUUAUUGAAGUCUUUCGUGGCGUGGUUCCUGUUAUAUUAGCUCUUUUCGACCUUUCUUCGCGAAGCUUUUCUAGAUGCAGGUUUAAUGAACAAACUUGUGAUGUUUCUUGACUGUGCAUUAUAUUGAGAAGAAGAUUUUAUCUGAUGACGUAACUCUAGUGGUAGUAAAGACAAUCUUUUCACUAUGUUCACGCAAACCCAACUCAACAACUCUUCAGCUGUUAAGGGACGCAAACGCCGUUCAGUUUUGUUGAAGUUAUGCAGUUUUAUCGUAGCAGAUGUUGCACUGACCACAACUGCUCAGUGCAUUUUGCUCUACACUCUCUAUGACCUUACAUUUGUAAUUGAAAACCAACCAGAAAUCCAAAUUGAAACACUCUAAAUCGUAUUUCUGUUUAGUGAAAAGUAUUUAUGAGAGAAUACUGAAUCCUUUACAUACAGAUUCUUUGAUUGAUAAUGGACUUAUUGUCGCCGUAUCAAACUUUGCCUGGGAGGUAAUCGUUUGGAAUAAACAAAGUGUCUCCAGAUUUGUUAAAUGUGGGAUGAUUUUCCCUCAUAUCGACAUCAUAGAAAGAAGUUCUUGUUCUGUACAAUUAGUGGGUUUGUCGAUGCUAGUUGAUCUCUGUGAAUACCAACAGUGUGUACCAUAUGUGGUGACAUGGAGAGGUACAAACGGUAUAAAGUUUCUCAGCGUCCUGUGCCAAAUUUGGGCGUUCUGAGGAAGAGCGGUUAGGUGUACUGAGAGACAAGGGGGGUUGUAUAUCCGACUCAGAGAAGCCACUUAUGGGGGAAAACCAAUUCAAGCUGAUACAAUGUCAGAAACAUAAGGUGAUGUCGAUUUGUGAUGUAUUUGGAAGUGUACGACCAAAGAUCUGUGCUAUCGUUCAACUUCUCCACCGGCACAAAGAAGUCGUAGAUCUUUGUGAAGAACAUUACAGACUGGGACACGACUCAUUACCUAGCGAGGACCAGAUCACAUUACAACUUAUAAAAACCUAUUUACCUCUGAAGAUGGGGGAGAUCUGGUGGGAGAUCAAGCACAAGCAAGGGAGCGUGUUACCACUGGACCGAUACCUGGCUGAAACUCUGGCGGACAGAUACCUGAACUGGUCCCUCGCUGUGCAGCGUACCCAACUCGACUUGCUCCGAGGUAGUGAAGCCCAGGUGAGAGGCGAAGAGCAGAAGUACUACGGGCUGAUUCGGGGCCACAGCUGACGGCCGCCCUCAGGCGCGCUGAAGGAGGUGGUGGGCGUGGCUCGCUCUAGCGACAGGCAGCAGUUCCUGCUCGCUCACAAGACACUCCGCAAGGGUAUAGAAACUUCCAGGGUACUCGAUACGGAGCUUUGGGUCGCCUUUCCUCCUGAUGUGAACCUCAUCAUAGUCAACAACAAGACCCUCGGAGAGAUGCGAAAGAAGUCGUUAUCGUUACAAUUUCCUAACUGUGACACACAGGAGGAAUGCGAUUUCGACAAAGAGUUUCCAUUACACCCGUACGUGGAACCAGACCAUGAGUGACACUCUCCAUCUCCAGAUUGUUUACGAUGUUUUAUAAGACUAAAUAUUCAUCAGUAAAUAAAGUACAGUUAUAACUACUAGUUUAGAUUUAACAUGAGCUGACUGAAGAUGAAUCUCCAUAGUGAGGCCAAAGUACUGUAAUUAUAUACGGUUUAGGCAAUAUAUCGACGUGGUGUGACCUUAAAACGUACACGAUAUUUAUGAAACCGGGCGAGUAAGCCUAAGGAAGCGUUAAUUUAAGUACAUAUAAACUACCACUUGUAAAAGCCAAGAAGAUAAUUAAUACAGAAACUCUCACUGGACUACAUUUAAUAGCUCUAUCCGACAACUAGACAACACUAGCGCACUCUCUUGACGAGCUACUAACUCUGUAAGACAUCUAGUUCAGGAUUUCUUUUCACUAAGUCUAUCUACGUACUUGUUGUUGAAUGCAUUUUUACUGUCUAACAUUUUUAAGUAUUCUGUCAUCCCUUGGCGGAUAGUCUAUGUCAGGUUUUACAUUAAUUUAACAAAUAAAAAUUGAAAAAUGUUUAA